AUGGCGGAGCCGGCUGGGGCCGCGGCGUCGCCGGACAUCGACCCUGACUUUGAGCCGCAGAGCCGCCCGCGCUCCUGCACCUGGCCGUUGCCGCGGCCCGAGGCGGAGACGGGCGGCGCGGCUGGCGCGGCGGAGGAGGGCGCAGGCGGCGCGGCGGCGGGGCCCGGCCGGGCCGAGGGGGCGCGGGCGGGUGGCGCGGCGGCGCGGAAGGGCGGCUCCCGGCGCAAUGCCUGGGGCAGCCAGUCCUACGCCGAGCUCAUCAGCCAGGCUAUCGAGAGCGCCCCCGAGAAGCGGCUCACGCUGGCGCAAAUCUACGAGUGGAUGGUGCGCUCCGUCCCCUACUUCAAGGACAAGGGUGACAGCAACAGCUCCGCUGGCUGGAAGAACUCAAUUCGACAUAACCUGUCCCUGCACAGCAAGUUUAUUAAAGUCCAUAAUGAAGCCACAGGGAAGAGCUCUUGGUGGAUGCUCAAUCCUGAGGGUGGCAAAAGUGGAAAAGCACCAAGGAGAAGAGCUGCCUCCAUGGACAACAGCAGCAAACUUGCAAAAGUCAGAGGUAAAGCAUCCAGGAAGAAGCCUUCUCUCCAGUCUGCACCAGAAUCCUCUGCUGACAGUCCUGGCUCCCAAUUUCCCAAGUGGCCUGGGAGCCCGUCCUCAAGAAGCAAUGAGGACUCUGAUGUGUGGAACACCUUCCGGCCUCGGACCAGUUCCAAUGCAAGCACCAUUAGUGCCAGGCUUUCUCCCAUCCUGACAGAGCAGGAUGACCUCCAUGACGAAGAGCUGCUUCCUUCUCUCGUGUACUCCAGUGCAUCCAGCAACGUUCCACCGACUGUGACUGAGGAGCUCGAGCUCAUCGAUGGGUUAAAUUUGAUGUCUCCCAGCUCAUCUGUGCUCUCUACCCAGCAGUCUGCCUCCAGUGGUCAGAUCCAGAGAGAUUCCAGCUUUUCCUUGCAGAGCCCAAAUGCAGCUGGUCAGACUUUUGGCAACUCCCUGUUUAACCCUGUUGAUAUUUCACUGCAAAGUUCUGUCAGCCAUUUCUCUGCCCCUCAGACCUUGGAAGCUCUUCUGACACCCAGCUCUCCGCCUCCAAGGGAUGUUAUGAUGACUCAGGUGGAUCCAGUUCUCCCACAGACUGGUAACAGGAUGAGCAGCCGAACUCUUCUGCUUCUGGGUGGACAAGCUGCCCAGAGUAAGAUGAGCUCAGGCAAUCCACGAGGAAAGCCUGCAGAGCAGCAGGCAGAACCAGUUGGUGCCAGUGUUUUGCCAUCAACGCUUCCCCUAGUGACAUCUCCUCAAAACACUGCCAGCAUCACCAGUUUGAAGGCUCCAGUUUCUGCAACAACUGCUCAGUCAGUCCAGCUGGGCAGUCCAGUGCUCCUUUCAUCUGCCAGCCCUGCUCCCUUGGGAUUGAACCAGGACAGGCUGCCCACUGACCUGGACAUUGACAUGUACAUGGAGAACCUUGAAUGUGAUAUGGAUUACAUAAUCAACAGUGAACUCAUGGAUGGAGGACUGGACUUUAAUUUUGAACCUAUUCUGCCUACUCCCAGCUAUCCCAGCACCUCACAGGCCUCCAACCAUACCUGGGUACCAAGUUAACUUCAGGAGCACAAAAAGUGUCCUUCAGGUUUUGAACAUUGGGUUCUGACUUCACUUCCCACCCCAGCAGAGAAAAGAAUGGAGCAUGUUGGAUUCAGUUUCCCUGCACAUCAUGCCUUGGGCAGAAGGGGCUGCCCAUCUGGGAAGAAGGGGCGACCUGCAUCUGGCUGCAACAGGAAGAGUUUAAAAAUAGUAAUCCUGUUACGUGCCAUGGCUCUUCCUACAAACCUGACCCUGCCUUGGACCGUCUGGAGAAACCCAUGUCCAAAGAGGAGCCCUGGAAAAAACCUCGGCCAGAAGACUGUGCCAGGCAAUAGUGUUUUCCUGUGUGAUGAGUUGGGUUUGCUGGAGGAAUCUCUCACUGGCUGUCCUCUCUCAGCUACAGCAGAAAGUCUCCCAGUGCCUCGGACUGGUGGGGGGCUGGCUCUGCUCUUGCUUGGCUUGCCUCGUGGGGCAAAGUAGUUGGACAUUGUGAUUAAGCCAGCAGAUGUGCACUCAGUAUCCCACAGACUCGCAGAGGAAGUGGUGGGAGCUUGUUGGUGGAAGCCCUGUGGGAGAAGGGGGUGCUGUUUCAGGGGUUGGUUGCAGUGUGCCCAUCACUGGAGCAUCCUUCACCGUUCCGCAGGGAAGGGUGGUUGUCGUGCUGUAGAAGGCUUCCCGUUGUCCCCCUGGGUGGAACAGGAGGACACUGAGUUUUUCACUGUGCCAACUGAGCCCCAUUGAAUCAGAAGCACGUUUUGAGAAGUCCCUAUGCUGUUCUCAGCACUUUCCUGAUACACCAGGCUGCUGUAAAAUAAGCACAGGUGCUAGUAGCUGCUUUCUGGGACAUAAAAACAUUGUUUUGGGUUUGUUUUUUGAUCUGUCUUGCUACAGCAGCAAAAUGGAAAGCCUGGGUGUGGCCUUAACAGAGCCCUGGUUGCUUUUCAGAAGGGCAUUUUCUAUAGAUGAAAUAUUUUUUUACUAAUCUGGGAACUUUCUACAGUGAAUACGAAGCCAAUGUAAUGUGUGUCCCUAUUACGCAUCUCUCUGUCUGAGAAAGCAACAGUGACAGACUCUUUUUCAGAGCUCUAUUAGGAACAAACACAUUUGAUGUUUGGUGAUGUAUAUGAUUGAGGAGAAGGAAUUGGCAGGUCCCCGUGGUUUCAAACCACUGUGGGGAAGAGUUGUACAUUAUUGUAAUCUAUAUGUAAAAGUAGGUGCAAAUUACAUAGAAGCUUUUCUAAACCUUUUUAAAUAUAUAUUAUAUAUUUUAAUUGAAAAACGAGAUUAUUGGAUAAAAAGAAAACACAUUUGCUGCAUCUGUCCCCUUCGUACCAGAUAACACUACAGUAUGGGAGGGGGCAGGCCUAAGGCAUUUUGGGCCAAGAAGCUGAAAAUGUUGGAAAAGUGGGAAGGACACGGAACUGGGGAAUUGCUGCUCUCCCCAGAAGAGGAGGAGGGAAGGUGCCUGGCAGGGCAUUCAGCCACAGCUGCUCAGGCUGGGCAUUCCUGCCAAGCCAAGAGCACAAUGGAGGGAAUGCUAAUCAUUAACAGCGCUGUUCUCAGCUAAUCCCCUAAGUAGCUGGCCUGCAGCUGAUCCACUGGACAGAUUCCCUGGGCUGCUGAGGAGAUGGUGUGGACUGGAUUGUGCUAGAUCUGCUGACCCUCUGUGUAGUCCUUAUGGAGGGCAUGAGCAGUUGUAUUUGGUAGCUCACUUGGGUUUCUGAGGGUUUUUGUUUUCUUGCUGAAGCUUCUGCUACUGCAGGGGAACUUGAAGCCUGGAGGCUCACUCUCAGGGGUCCACCUGGGAUCCUGCUCUAUCUCUGUGUGCUUGCAGGACAGAAAUUAGCGGUCAGAAGAUAAUUUCAGAGCAUUAGUGGCAUGUUCAUGUCACUGCUGUGGUGUUUGCAGUGGCAGGAUCUGUGGGAGACAUGGUGCUUUCAUGGUGUUCUCAUCAGCUUGGUCUGGCAGAAAGACUCUCCAGUCCUUUUUGAAGGUGGCUUCAGUUCAGAAAGUUUGUAUCAUGCAGUGCAAUGAGACACACUUUUUACCAGCUUGUCUUCUCUGUUUUCAUUUUCAUUUGAGUGGAGAUUGGAGCAGGAGUGAUUGCCAGCUUACAUCCAACAAGGAGUCUUCAAAAGUCUUAUCUACAGCAUGCUAUGCCAUCAAAGCCUUUGAAUAGUUUGAUAACCUUUGUUUUGAAGGCUGCCUUCAUGGCAGACCUCCCAGUGAUGUUUCAGAUUCACCCACAAUCUACAUGUCUGGCCACACCUCAUUGCAACAAACAGACAGCUCCUUAGCUGGGAUCCCAGGAUUGACACACUUGAGGCAUGGGUGGACAUUCUCACUGGAGUUAGUUCGUUGCACAGGUGGAUAGAUGCCCUUUCACAACACCUGAUGGCAGGUGCCACACGCAAGAAUCAGCCAUUCUGAGCUGCAGGGAACAGGCUGGAGAGAUUUAUGUUAUUUGGCACAUACUAUGCUACCUUGUUAGCUUGGCUCCUGAAGGGAGCUCGAUCCAAUGAUGUACAGAGCGAGUUGAAUGUGUGCCCAUGAUUCACAGCCGUGUAUCAAAGGACAAGACACCAGUAUGUGUGGUGGUGUUAAAUGUGAGCCUCUGGCUCACUUCCCAUGAAAAUGGAACCCACAGCAAUAGGAAGGACAGUAUUAGUGAUCAGAAAUCCAGGGUGAGCUCUUUCUGUGCUCGUUGGUCUGUGGGAAAGGGGAGCUGUCUUCAGGCUGUUAAAGUGUCCCCUAACAGUGACAGCACUGGGGAGAUGUCAGUCUGCAGAGAGCCUGGUCCUGAGCCCUCAGGGAGACCUGACAUAACCUCAGCUGCUUCAGGUCCUUGACCUGAUCCUGCUGUAGGAGGUGCAACACCAGGGCUCAUGGUGCUUAGUGCUCCACAGUGUGAGUUCAGAAAAGACCCUGCCCUCAGAGUAAAGAGAGCACAUACCUAUUUUAUUGUUCUUCCCAUACUUCUGGAGACAGCACUGGAGCUAGGAGCACCUCUGCCUGCAGUCCUGCUGUAACAAGUUCCUGGCAGUGACUUUUCUGCCUUGCUGCGGUCUGUACAGGUGCUUUGUGUCUCCUCAACACAGCAGGAGCUGUCAGUGGUUGAAGAAGCUGGAGAGUGCACUAGUGCUGAGAAUGGUGUUCAGGAGACCCGUGGAGAGCUCAAUAAACCAUGAAUGUAGUGUUGCAGGCUCAAGCAAGCAACUUACCCUCUUUUCUGUAUGUUUAGCAGGAUAACUUGUAUUGUGGGCACAGAGGGCAUGGAUGCAGAGAAUUUGGGAGUUCUACAGACACUUCAUUUUCAUAAACCUUGACCUUUUUUAGCCUGGGAUACUUCCUCAUAGGACACAGGAGACUCUAAAGUUCCUGAACUGCUGCUUGCAGGAAGGCUGUACCUGGCAGGGAGUUGCUCAAUACUCAUCCAAUUUUUUUUGCAUUCUUGCCCAAAGCAUUUGCUACUUGCUGCUGCUGGAGCCUGGAUAAUGUCUUGGUGGCUCUUCCUGCUGCAUUAGCACCACAGGCCCCAUACUUUGGGCUAGUUUUUGCUCUAAUGAAGGAUUGGGCUGGGAUUUUGAGAGCAGCUGUGAGUGGGGUGAGAAGGGGCCAGUGAUAGGGGGAGUGAUGCUCUUGGAUAAGUGCCUGAGGGGAGUGGAUAGGGGACUCCUGGCAUGAAGCAUUGCUUUAUGCUGUGUUCUUUGUCCUUACUGAGCUCAGGCAACAGGUUUCUCCAUCUUCAGAGGAUCAGAUGCCAUCUUGCACAGCAUUGAAGCCACCAUGCAGCUCAGGGCCACAAAUGAUUCAGGUAACUAGGCCCGUGGAGCUUAGUAGGAGGCAGACUUGUUGCUUUUAUUUACACUUGGGUUUGGCAAAUUGCUUGAACUUUCUUUGUAAUUUAAGCAUAUUUUAAUUCCAAGCAUGUACUUCCAGCUUCAUGCGAGAGCUUGGAAAAUUGGAACCUUCUGGGAGCCCUUAAUUUUCCUUGCUGGUGUGUCUAAAAACAUGUCAUCCCUAUCCUGUGCUGCUUUAAAAGCAGCAGUCAGAUCAUCCUGAUGAGAAGAAUGAAGCAUUCCGGAGCCUGGGUGUAUUCAUAAACAAGAGUCAUAAUAGAAGCAAGUAGCACUAAUCAGCUUUUCCAAAGGAAAUGCCUAGAAAGCUUUUAUGUAGAUAAUAAUUUGUUAAUUUUUCAUACUUAGUUGCUUAUUUAUAGCCACAUUCAAAUGCUUCAGGGCUAGCCUUGCUCCAGGGUUGAGUAACCUGUGUCUGGUGCCAUGGGUAGGAGUGCCUUGGGAGUGGUGUCCUGGACUGUCACCAAAAUGUGAAAAUUUGGAUCCAUUAUUAAAAAAAAAGCCACAAACCAAAGCAAAUCAAUCAACUUUGGGACAUGAGCAUGAACAGAGAAUAGCUUAGGGCUUGCCUCAGUUGCAUGUCUAAUGAAAAACAUUAGGGGAAAAGCAAGCAAGAGGUGACUUCUGAAGCCUGAGAGAUGUGUCUGUGUGAAAGCCCAGAGCAUGUGCUAACCCAUCACCACACUCGCUUGACUUCAGGAAAGGGAUCCCCUCUCUUCACUGUGUCUUUCCCUGCACCCUGACAUGUCUGUAGCUGAUGGAAAGCACUACCCGAUGGAAUCAAAAUCACUCCUAAUACUGUGGUGUAAAGCAGGGACAAGAGGCAGCAGAAGCUGAAGGUGUAAGAGCUGACAGCAUUGCAUUUAUGGUUCUUUGGCUGAGGCAGUGUUACGGUGUGUGGUAGAAGGGGAUGUUCUGGGACACAAAAACAGAGCCCUGGUUGCUUUUCAGAAGGGCAGUGGUGUGGGAUUGGUGGUGUGGGUUUCCCCAGGGUGUCUUGAGAGGUUUGGCUACAUAGAAGAUAGGUUACUUCUCCUGAAAGGAGCCACCUUCACCGGGCAGUGGGGGUGGUUCUGUGAAAUGGUGCUUCCAGCACAGUGGAGUCUUCACCUGGUGCCAUCCCAGGAAAGGUUUCUGCAUUGCUAGCACAGAUGUCUGCUGCACACAGGGCAGGCACCACUACCUGACAGUUUCCACCACAUUCCCUCUGCACUCUUCCACCCAUUUCUCACAAUUUAUUUUUUUUUUCCCAGAAAAUAAACCUCUGCUUUUGUUUGCUCUCUGUAGCACUGUAACUUCUGAACCAUUACAGGCUUUGUUACCAUCUGUGCUAGCAAGACUGUAGAAUGUGCUAGACUAGGGGGGAAUGUUUGAAAAAUAAAAACCUGUAAUCCUC